AUGGCAGCAGCUACAAAUUCCACCCUCCUCAAACUCAAACUCAAAAUCCGCAGUCCACUCUUUGCCUCUGCUCUUAGCAGCAGCAGAAGUAGUGAUUCACUCUCUAACCAACACUUGUUCUCCACAACAACAUUCAGAUAUGCAGAUGCAGAUGCUGAUUCUUCAAGCGACAGUAAAGCCACUGCAGACCCAAACCCUUACGUCGUUCACCCCUCCGCCGACGUCCACUCUAACGCCAUCAUUGGCGACGGUGUUUCAAUUGGUCCAUUUUGCACAAUCGGAUCAUCAGCAAAGCUUGGGAAGGGAUGUCGAUUAUAUCCUGGUAGCCAUGUUUUCGGAAAUACUGAGAUUGGGGAUCACUGUCUUUUGAUGCCUGGUGCCGUGGUUGGUGACCAUCUUCCUGGACGUACAGUUUUGGGACGUAAUAAUGUUAUCGGUCAUCAUGCUGUCAUUGGAGUCAAAUGCCAAGAUUUGAAAUACAAGAUAGGGGAUGAAUGUUUUCUUCACAUUGGGGAUAAUAACGAGAUCAGAGAACAUACUUCAAUUCACCGAUCUUCAAAACCAAGUGAUAAAACGGUUAUUGGUGAUAACAAUCUUAUCAUGGGCUCUUGUCAUAUUGCUCAUGACUGCAAUAUCGGCAACAAUAACAUUUUUUCUAACAAUACUCUUCUAGCAGGCCAUGUUGUUGUGGAAGAUUACAUUCACACUGCUGGAGCCAUUGUUGUUCAUCAAUUUUGUCAUAUUGGUUCCUUUUCUUUUGUUGGUGGUGGAUCUGUGGUUUCACAAGACGUCCCAAACUACACGAUGGUGGCUGGAGAAAGAGCUGAGCUUCGUGGUUUGAAUUUGGAAGGUCUUCGGCGUCAUGGAUUUACAGCCACUGAGAAGCGGAGAUGGCUUAAUGGCAUUGAUUCCAAAAUCAUUGAAGCACUGGCUUCUACACACUUGAGCGCCCGUGCCAUAUUUAUCCUAUUAUAUGCAAAAGUUGAGCAAGUUGGCAUAUAUGCACUUUGUGGGUGCAUUGGCAUCCAAGAAGAUAAACUCUGUUUCGAAGAACGCAUUACCAAAGUGGAAGAGGAUAAAGAACUGUGUAAGGUACCUUCUGUAUGUACCAUGAUACAGUCUCUUCGUGAUUCUUUUGCUCAAAAUCGCCGUGGAAUAUGCAAGUUCAGAUAUUUUAGUGGCUCUUAA